AUGUAUGAUCCUCGAGUCUACCAGUCAGCACUUUCCCAUGAAGCCAUUUUCUUACACAAUGACACAGAUCGCACCAAGCGCAUAAGGGACGCCAAAUCCGAGGCGCAGAAGGAGAUCGAGGAAUACCGGAAGCAGAAAGAAGACGAGUUCAAGAAGUUCGAGGCUGAGCACUCGAGUGGAUUCAAGAAGGCUGAGGACGAUGCAAGCCAGGAGGCCGAGGCCAACCUGAAGGAGAUCCAGGAGGCCGGCAAGAAGAAGGGCGACAAGGUGGUGAAUGACCUCAUCCAUGCGACAACCGAUGUGAAGCCGGAGGUGCCCGAGAAGAUUGUGUCCAAGGCAUAG